CAAAAUUUCAAUCUAAUAAAUUGCCUAUUUGUAGACUCUGCUCUUGGCUAUAAAAUCCCAUAGAACAUAGAUAUUUCGAAUACACAAAUUUUCCCUCGUCUACCUAUCAACCUCAUCUAGGGUUUCAACUCAGUUUUUCUGCAUCAUUCUCAAUUUUGUUGCUGAAGAAUGGAUCCAAAACCAUGUGAUAAAUCAGUGAAAAAUUCUUCAGAUUUCAUGUCUGAGAAGAAGAUUCUCCACUCAGUUGAUAAAUCAAUUGCAUGCCCCACCCCAGAGAAGAAGACUGAACCAUUAUUAGCCACCAAUUUAAAAGAUUCAAAUACCCAGCUUCCAGAAAAGUACAAGAAUAUUGGUGAUUUGUUUAGUGAUAUGAGUUGCGCACUUAGAUUGUUGCAUCUGCGUAAAAAGUCUCCAACUUUUCAAAAUAUUUGCAACAAGGUUGAAGUUCUUGCUAAGAGAAACUUCUCUUAUGCUCAUCUAGCACAGAUGAAGUAUAUACUUCCCAAAGGUAUAGAAAUUGAAAAGGUGGUUGUUGUGGAUAAGAAGAGCUUGUGUAUGAAGCCGGAUUUGAAGAUAACCUUGGUAUUUGACGUUGUAGAAGAUCAUUCCGAACAGUCUGCUGAUUUGGCUCUUAUUCGAUAUUUUAAUUCCAAGCUGAUUAAUUUCUUUAAUCUGCAUCCUGAGGUGACUGAUAUUCCAGAGGCCGCACUACCAGAGCCCUUUAGCCAAAGACCUUAUAACUUGAUUUUCAAAGAUGGAACUGUAAAUUUGUCAAAAGAACUUUCAUCAACUUCCAAUGAAAUUGAACUGUCACUGAACAACUUACAUCUGAGUCCAUCUUUUAAAAGACACUUUUCUCAGAAGAAUGUUGCUAACGAGACUGAGCUAGUUCAGAGCUUUUCAUCAUCUGAAAACUCUAUGUCAUCCCAUGAAUCUGACUGGCUGGAUAACCAAGAAAGUGAAAGCACAUGGCAGAAAGAAUGUACACCAUUGUCUGAUUGUGUGAGUAAUAAUGUAGAAAGAGGCAAGCAGAAGGAAUCACAGUCCAUGUGUAUUCAACAAAAUGUUAUUAAUACACCAGUACAUAAGAUCUACCAUCCACAUUCUGUUAGCCGCAUUGAAAGCCCUGAUUUGAAAAUUGUUUCUUGUACGGAUAGUUUGUUGACACACACUCCUGCACAGUCAGCACCUGAGAGAUUGUUGCUCGGUUCUGAUGUUAAGCUUCAGAAAAUGACUGCCCAAAAGUCUGGGUCGUGUUUUAAGCCUGCAAAGAGAGUGCUCGACUUUACACUCACCGAAGGCAGCGAUGCUUUCGACAGUAGAGUAGACAUGUCUAAACCUAGCAGAGGAUGUUCUGAGGACUUCAAAUCUUUUGAUUCUGUUUCCCCGCCUCAGGAGGUAGAUGAGAACCUUAGUCAUUCUUUUCAGAAAAUCAACGUAGAUCAACACUGUUUGGUUGCAUCGGAUAACAAUCCUUCAUCAUUGGUGGAACUGGUUAAUGUGAUUGAUUCUAUAUUUGACUCUGUCAAAAGAACUUCAAUGACAAAAGAGGAGCUCUUGCAAAAGAUAAUGAUGAACUGUUUAGAUUUUGUUAAGAUUAGAGAAGCUGAAGAACAGAUUGAGAUUUUGGAAAAGACUGUGCCAGACUGGCUUUGCAAAAAGGUGGUUUCUUCUGGAGACACUAUGUACUGUGUCAAGAAUGCGUUAGAUUUGGACUCAGUUCGAUCGAGGCUUCUCAGCAAUGUCAACAAAGGAGAUGAGUGAAAGGCUUUUGUUGAAUGAUAUAAAUUGUUGCUCUGCAUUGCUUGGCCAAUAAUGAAGGAGUUAUUGUCAACUUGAAUGGUUCAAAUGCGUCAAAUAAGGAAGGUAGGAAGUAAUGACAGUCACGCUACUACUUUUAAUGCGGGAACCAGCCAUAUGACUCGUAUGAUUGCAGAUAGUUGCUCAAUAGACCUUUUAAUGUAGCCUCCAGUUGAAUCAUAAUAACUUUUGAUCGAUUGUUUUUGUGUGUAGUAAAAUUUGAUCGACUCUUAAUUCGAUUAACUUAAAUUUGUUUGUGUUUUUGAAUAA